GUAGGCGCGCUAAACCACGCUGUAGAAAGCAUGAAGAAUCAGUAUUUCGAACAAGACGUGAGGUUCAUGUCGAGAAAAGUCUCUUUGCUGUUGGUUUUGUCAUUUACUUUGUUUCAAGAUGUGUCAUCUGCGCCUAGCUCGAAAUGCGAAGUAAAGGCUUCCUGUUCAGAGUCAGCCAGUUGCCAAAUCACAAGGAAUAUCACAGUAAAUCCAGGUCUCAAGAUACCACCCAACUGUGCCAUCAACGUGAGAAGAAAGGGAAACAUCCACACCUGGCAGCAAGCAAAACAGCAAAUUGGUGGAAGCAAGGGCUCAUUGGAUUUGGUCUUACAAGAAAAGGGGAAAUCAAAGAAUGGGAAGUAUAUCUGCCAGUGCACCGCUGUACAUUUUACACGUGCUGUUAAUCUUCUUUGGGGAAGUAGUUCCCCAAAUAUUAUAUCAAAAGACAAAAAAAAUGAACUGGAAUGCGUUUUCUCGGCUUGGCCUCUACCUGCUGUUGUCAACUGGUACAAGGAUAAGUUGCCAAAUACUAAUAGAGUGCGUUUACCGUUGAUGAACGGAACCAAAGGCAUUUAUCAAUCUCUGGAGAAGAUACGGGUCAAUGAAGAAGAAGCGAUUCGUAGUGUCCUUCGUUUCCCAUUAGGAAGCGAGGAACACGAAGGAUUCUAUACCUGUAGUGUAGUGGAUAGUAUUCAAGGCUGGUCCAGCAAUAAAUCCUAUAUGGUACAACUAAUAUUCAUUUGUCCUCGACCACAGCCCCCCACCACUUCAACAUCUAUGGUCUCUGCAAACAAACUUUCCAACGUAAGCCUAACAUGUUUAGUUGACAGCGACGAGACUGGCUGCCCAGAUGAGCUGCAUUGGUAUAAAAACAAUGAUCACGUUCCCUUGGCAAGCAGUAAGAAGUACAACAUAGUAGUGAAACACACACACAGCAAAUGCAAGCAGGAAUUUAUCCUGAAUAUUUUUAACGUCACUAAGGUUGAUGAAGGGAAUUACAGCUGCCAGUGGAAGUGUGAGUAUGAGGACACUACGAAAGCAUCAAUUGUCUUGAAAGUUUCCACUUGAUCAACAACAGGAGACAUUUCUUCUUCGUGAGGGUCAGGAAUAACACAGCAGGAGUUAGUCGGCAACCAAGAAAAAAAUGAAAUGGCGAAUUUUAAUUGUGAUCAAAAGCUUCAGCCUUUUUUUUUCUAUCUAUAGUAAGCUCAGUGGAUUUGAGAGUUCGAAAAAUAUCGAACUGAAUUAGCAGCAAAGCAAGCUUUCAGGCAGAAUUAAAAGUUUUCGGUUCACUUUUGGUAAAGGAGUUGCAAUUACUGACUUCACGUUUAUUGCUAAUUAACUGAAAUAUUUAAAAAGUAUGAAGAAAUUCCCAAAUUUGAAGGUCAAGUUGGUACCCCUGAGGUUCAGGCUUGCUGUAAAAGACUUGAACACAUGACUCUGAGUCCCUUUAUCGGCGCCGUAAUUCUCCCUGGCCAACUAAUCCAUCGAGCCAUUUAAAAAUUGGCAAAAGUCUGAUUCUUUAUAACUGAGAGGGAUGAAUAUGUGGAAAGAAAUAUGUGAUAAUCUUAUAUCUCAGUGCUGGAAUAAAGUUGGCUAAUCA